AAUUUAUUCCUCGAGCAGGAAACGUCAGUAAUAAUGAUCACUAUGUGAAAUAAAAAGAUAUGACCGAGAAACCGCCUUUCUCGAGGCAAAAAAGGAACGUUAGUGCCUUCCAUUGACUUUGCUUGGAACGAUCCACGUAGCAAAACGUGUUCGCUUUUUCAUACGGCAGACGUGUUUCGCGAAGCUUUCCGAGAGCUCUCUUCUCCACUUUUAACCGUGCCAAAAUUUAAUUUUAUCGGGAAAACAAUAGAUUCGACGAAGUUGAAAUUCGUCUCAUUCGAUGUCCUAAUCGAUACUGUCCCACUUUUACGAACCUGUCUUCGAAACGCGUUUCUAUCCUUAGAGGAAUGAUUCGAGACUCGACCAGAUUUCAAGAAUUUUUUGCCGUGAAUAAAAAUUGAAGAACAAGAUGUCGAAAAUUUUUACAGCGGAAGAAGUAGCGAAACACAAUCACGAUAAAGAUCUAUGGAUCGUGUAUGAAAAAGGUGUGUACGAUAUUACAAAGUUUCUAAGCGAACAUCCAGGCGGGGAGGAAGUGUUGCUGAAUCUAGCUGGACAAGACGCGACACAAUGUUUCAACGACAUUGGACACUCGGGCGAGGCUAUACAGCUUCGUGAAACCUACAAAAUAGGAACAGUUGUCGGCUCUGUUUCUGCAACAUCAUUCAGUGAGUCAAAAGUGCAAGACACGACGAUAGAUGACGAUAAUUGGGAAUAUGAACCACCGAAAUACGAAACGUCACCGUGGCUUAAAGUGAUUGUCGCAAUUGGUGUCGUCAUUUACGCUUGUAUAUUUUACUAUUUUUGGUAUUCAUAAGGGGGAUAAAAUCAGAAGGAGAUUGUUAUAAAUAAAAAUACUUGUAUUUUUUAA